AUGGCUAAUGAGAGACACCAUCAACAGAAGUCACAAAACCAAAAGUUGGAACCGGAAACUUUGUUGAAAGGCGAUCUUGCGGACACAGUUGAUUUAAAGCUGGACGCCAAUAGCAACAAAGAUGAUAGAAUUGGCGGCAUCAUUGACAAGGAAGACAGUGAUAAAAGCAAGAGUGGCAGUUUUAGCAACAACAGCCAGAACACUGGUGCCAACAACAAAGCCUCUGAAGGAAGCGGUGAAGACCAAGAUAUUGGUAACCAGCAGCCAAGGAGUGACCAAGUAAACGACAAGACUAAAGACAACACUAAAAGCGAAAACAACGAUAGAAAAUUCCAAAACAAAAAUGAUGGCAUCAGUAAUCCAGAUGACAACAUCGAUGUUGUAAAGAAAGAUGAACAGGAAAGUGGUGUUGGGGAAAGUGAUACAAUCACUAACAGUGACGUAAUCAAGGCCCAGUUAGAUGAGACCAGCGCCAAAUUGGAACAAGAAAUGAGUAAAACAUUAAAUCAGAAAAAUUCAGACUCAAGAAGCGAUAACAAAUUGACCAAAAAUGACGCAAAACAAAUACAUAAUAUUGAUGAUGUAUCGGCAAGUCAAAAGACAACAAACUUGGGUAAAGAUGUCCUCCAAGAAGUGGAUUCUGCUACCAGAAAUAAUACGAAGUCACCGGAAGCUGAUGUUGAAUCCGGAUUCUUGCAGAAUGACGUCGACACCAGUAACGAUGACGUCAACGACGAAGUACCCAAGAACGAGGAAGCGGGAAAUUCAAAUGGACUGCCCGUCUCCA